AUGGGCGCUAUCACACCCAAGACCCCAACCACUGUCAGCGCACCUCAGCCGUCCGAGAGACCCAACGAGGAUCACAUGAUCGUCUCGAUCACUCGUCACAGGCGCUCAACCACCGAUGUCUGUUACACCUACCAACUUCCCCUUUCAGCCCUCGGCACUGUGCGUCGUUCUGACAAGACCCUUCUGGAGGACCUCAAGAAAGUGUUGCGCAACCGCCUCGAAGUCGACUGGGAGAGCUACUCUAUUGUUUGGCGCAUGUCGGAGACCAAACAUAUCGCAUUCGUCAGCUCGAUGAACUCAUUCGACGCCGCCGUCCUUGAUCACAAGAACGCAAACAAGAAGACUGUUCAGGUUUUCGUGGUCAGCAAUGGAAGUGAGUCAAUNGUGUUUGUCUUGCAUCAUUUCCCAGUAGCUGAUCUUUCUUCCAGACGUCCACUGUCUUCCCGAUUUGCUCAAUGUCUCAAAGUGAUCGAACGCGAGAAUGCAACCAUCAUGUCGAGCUACCAUAUCAGGAGGCGAAAAGGAUAA